GCUCAAAUGCCCAUGGUCUCCACUCCAGCCACCCUGCCUUCUCUCCCCCAGCCUACACCGAUGACUUCAUGGGGAGUUCCCUGUGAUCAGUUGACAGAGGAAAAUAAGACUAGGGCUUAGUCCACAGAUGGUUCUGCAUGAUAUGCAGGCACCACCUGAAAGUGGACAGCUGCAGCACUACAGCCCCUUUCUAGGACAUUCCUGAAGCACAGCGGUGAAGGGAAAUCUUCCCAGUGGGCAGAAGUUUGAGCAGUGCACCUGGUUGCCCACUGUGCAUGGAAGGAGAAAUGACCAGAUGUGCAAUUAUAUACUAAUUCAUGGGCUGUAGCCAAUGGUUUGGCUGGAUGGUCAGGGACUUAGAAGAAGCAUGAUUGGAAAAUUGGUGACAAAGAAAUUUGGGGAAGAAGUAUGUGGAUGGACCUUUGUGAGUGGUCAAAAACUGUUAAGAUAUUUGUAUCCAUGUGAAUGCUCACCAACAGGUGACCUCAGCAGAAGAAAGUUUUAAUAAUUAAGUGGAUAGGAUGACCCGUUCUGUGGACACCACUCAGCCUCUUUCCCCAGCCACCCCUGUCAUCGCCCAAUGGGCCCAUGAACAAAGUGGCCACAGUGGCAGGGAUGGAGGUUAUGCAUGGGCUCAGCAACAUGGACUUCCACUUAUCAAGGCUGACCUGGCUAUAGCUACUGCUGAGUGCCCAAUUUGCCAGCAGCAGAAACCAACACUGGGUCCUCGAUAUGGCACAAUUCCUUGGGUUGAUCAGCCAGCUUCCUGGUGGCAGGUUGAUUAUAUUGGGGCUCUUCCAUCAUGGAAAGGGCAGAGGUUUGUCCUCAGUGGAAUGGACACUUAUUCCGGAUAUAGGUUUGCCUAUCCUGUGUGCAAUGCUUCUGCCAAGACUACCAUCUGUGAACUCACGGAAUGCCUUAUCCACUGUCAUGGUAUUCCACACAGCAUUGCCUCUGACCAAGGUACUCACUUUACAGCUAAAGAAGUGUGGCAGUGGGCUCAUACUCAUGGAAUUCACCAGUCUUACCAAGUCUCCCAUCAUCCUGAAGCAGCUGGACUGAUAGAAUGGCGGAAUGGCCUUUUGAAAUCACAAUUACAACACCAACUAGGUGACAAUACUUUGCAGGGCUGGGGCAAAGUUCUCCAGAAGGCUGUGUAUGCUCUGAAUUGGCAUCCAAUAUACAGUACUGUUUCUCCCAUAGCCAGGAUUCACGGGUCCAGAAAUCAACGGGUGGAAGUGGAAGUGGCACCACUCACCAUCAACCCUAGUGAUCCACUAGCAAAAUUUUUGCGUCCUGUUCCCGCAACAUUACAUUCUGCUGGCCUAGAGGUCUUAGUUCCAGAGGGAAGAACGAUGCCACCAGGAGCAGGAGACAUGAGAAUGAUUCAAUUAAACUGGAAGAUUGCCACUUGGACACCUUUGGGUCCUCCUACCUGUAAGUCAACAGGCUAAGAAGGGAGUUACAAUGUUGGCUGGUGUGAUUGACCUGGACUAUCAAUAUCAAAUCAGUCUUCUACUGCAUAAUGGAGGUAAGGAAGAGUAU